AUGUUGGAGCCCUCCAGGCAGAUUGCUAUCGUGAAGAAUUUCCGCAUGAGCAAGCGGGUGAGCUCGUUCGUCUCAGACGCGAUUCAAUGCCUCACGCUCAUCCCUCGCGGCGGGGACAUGACCACCGGAGUAGACAACGGCUCGGUGUGGGCCGGGUGCUCGGACGGCUCGUUGUGGAUUUUUGACGCGUCGUCAGAGGCGCUCUUGUACAGGGCCAUUGAUGGGAACGCGUGGUGCGGGUCUCUGUCGGGCAAGCUGUACAUUUGGGACGUGCGGGACCUGCGCUGCCGUAUGGUGCACGAGCUGGGCGCGGUGCCGGUUUGGAGUGUGGUGGAGCACCAGGGCAAGGUGUGGGCCGCGGUGGGUGCCGCUAUCGUGCGGUUUGAUGCGCAGACCUACGCCAAGAUCGACGAGUUGAAGGGGCACACGAAGCCCAUCACGUGCCUCCUGGCCGUGGGUGGCGAGGUAUGGAGUGGCGGCCAAGAUCACACAAUUCGAGUGUGGCGCGGCUCUGACGGUUCGAUGACGCACACCCUUAGCAAGCACUCCCAGAAGGUGUAUUCCCUACUGGCCUACAGCGACACGUGCGUGUGGAGCGGAAGCUGGGACAAGACGAUCAUCGUGUGGAACACCAGCACCAAGGAACCAACUCAGGUGUUGCAGGACGUGCAUGACGAUGCCAUCUCGGCUCUUGUGGCCGUUCCCGGCGCCACUCAGCGCGUCUGGUCGGCCUCGUGGGACAAAAGCAUGUGCGUUUGGGCGUGA